CUCAGCCCUGAGGUACAAAAAAACAAAUUUAGCUAAAACACAAGCCACAGCUCCCAAGCUCCUUUCCAACUCCAGCCAUCUAGAAGUCUGAUUUUAGGAGUUCUCCCCUCUCCCCACCGUACGUUUUUACAUUUCCUGCCCUUCUUCCCUUUUUCUAAGACCGCAUGCUUACAACUGUUCAGAACAAAGCAAUAAAUAAAUGAAACUUAUUAGUUUCAUUGAAUUAGUUCAAUAAGUGAAACUUCUCUAACUUAAACCAAGUUAGAAACUCCCGGAAUCUCUACAAGCAACACUACUACCAAGUACGCAGUGUGUCAGUAUUUUGGCCGGUUUCCCGUUAAAGGAACAUAAAAAACAUACAAAACAAUUCUUCCCUGUAAAUUCCCCGGUGACGCACACAGACCACGCCUACUUCAAGAAGACAAAAGGCCAAGAAGCCUGACAAGGGCCAAGUCUCCAGGCAGAGAGGGAGUCAUUUCAUUGGCGCUUGAAUCAGCAAAGAAGUCAAGAUGGCCAAAGUUCCUGACCUCUUUGAAGACCUGAAGAACUGUUACAGUGAAAAUGAAGAAUACAAUUCUGAAGUUGACCAUCUCACUCUGAAUCAGAAAUCCUUCUAUGAUGCAAGCUAUGACCCACUUCAUGAGGACUGUACAGAUAAAUUUAUGUCUCCGAGUACUUCUGAAACCUCCAAGACAUCCCAGCUUACCCUCAAGGAGAGUGUGGUGAUGGUGGUAGCCAAUGGGAAGAUUCUGAAGAAGAGGCGGUUGAGUUUAAAUCAAUUCCUCACUGCUGAUGACCUGGAGGCCAUUGCAAACGAAGUAGAAGAAGAAAUCAUGAAGCCCAGAUCAGUAGCACCCAACUUCUAUAGCAGUGAAAAAUACAACUAUCAGAAGAUCAUCAAAUCCCAAUUCAUCCUGAAUGACAACCUCAGUCAAAGUGUAAUUCGAAAAGCAGGGGGAAAAUACCUCGCAGCCGCUGCAUUACAGAAUCUGGAUGAUGCAGUGAAAUUUGACAUGGGGGCUUAUACAUCAAAAGAAGAUUCCAAACUUCCUGUGACUCUCAGAAUCUCAAAAACUCGACUGUUUGUGAGUGCCCAAAAUGAAGAUGAGCCUGUAUUGCUAAAGGAGAUGCCUGAGACACCCAAAAUCAUCAGAGAUGAGACCAACCUUCUCUUCUUCUGGGAACGUCAUGGCAGUAAGAACUACUUCAAAUCAGUUGCCCAUCCAAAGUUGUUCAUUGCCACACGGGAAGAAAAACUGGUGCACAUGGCAAGAGGGCUACCCUCUGUCACUGACUUUCAGAUACUGGAAACCCAGUCUUGACUCUGGAGUCUACUUACUUGUGAAGUGUUUACAGUCCAUAUGUACUAUGUACAUGGAGGAGUCAAAUCUUUUACUCUUAGUCACUUGAUGAGCAUGUGCUGAGCCUUUGUAAUUCUAAAUGAAUGUUUACUCUCUUUGUAAGAGAGUGAGCAAGCUCUAAUGGAACCAACAUCAACAUAUAAUGCUGUUUGUUAUUUAAAGAAUAUACCCUAUACUUGAAAUACAAAUCAAAACCACCAUGAGAUACCCCCUGACACCUGUCAGAAUGGCUAACAUGAACAACUCAGGCAACGACAGAUGUUGGCGAGGAUGCGGGGAAAGAGGAUCUCUUUUGCAUUGUUGGUGGGAAUGCAAUCUGGUGCAGCCACUCUGGAAACAGUAUGGAGGGUCCUCAAAAAACUAAAAAUAGAACUACCCUAUGACCCAGCAACUGCACUACUAGGCAUUUAUCCAAGGGAUACAGGUGUGCUGUUUCAAAGGGACACAUGCAUCCCCAUGUUUAUAGCGGCACUAUUGACAAUAGCCAACGUAUGGAAAGAGCCCAAAUGUCCAUCGAUGGAUGAAUGGAUAAAGAAAAUGUGGUGUAUAUAUAUACAAUGGAGUAUUAUUUGGCAAUCAAAAAAAAUGAAACCUUGACAUUUGCAACUACGUGGAUGGAACUGGAGGGUAUUAUGCUAAGUGAAAUUAGUCAGUCAGAGAAGGACAAACAUUUUUGCCUUCACUCAUAUGAGGACUUUAAGAGACAAAACAGAUGAACAUAAGGGAAGGGAAACAAAAAGAAUAUAAAAACAGGGAGGGGGACAAAACAGAAGAGACUCAUAAAUAUGGAGAACAAACAGAGGGUUACUGGAGGGGUUGUGGGAAGGGGGAUGGGCUAAAUGGGUAAGGGGCACUAAGGAAUCUACUCCUGAAAUCAUUGUUGCACUAUAUGCUAACUAAUUUGGAUGUAAAUUAAAAAAAAAAAAAGAACACCCUAUACUUUGCAAACCACCAAUCAAUUUAAUUAUUCUUCUUCAUAACAAUCUUGGGAGAACUAGGGCUACUUGAUAUGGCUACCAAAAAGACUCUACCCAUAUUACAUAUGGGUUAAGUAAGUGAGGCAUAAGAAAUACCCACACAGCAGUUGGAAUGAGAAGCCAUUUGCCCAGGAUUUCAUUCCAACUGCUUGCCUUUAAAUUGCUGAUGGACCCUUAAUCAAAUACUAUAAGUUUCUGGGACUUAGUUUGGUUAUCUUCAAAAUGGAGGGGGUGAUACUUAUACCUUUCCUGCCUCAACAGUAUUUUAUGCCAAUCAAUGAGAUCAGUUUAGUAAAAUACUUUUUGAAUGAAAAUUUUGAGCCUCAAGAAGUCAAGUGUAAAGUAUUUAUUAUGUACAUAUAUAUUUAUGAAUAUAUUUUUAAGAUAAUUAUAACAUGUUAUUUUAUUUAUGGCAAUUAUUUGUAUUCUUGGAGUAUGACUGAUCAUCCUUAACAACAGUAAAGAAUGUUUUUCAGGCUAAAUAGUUUUAUUUAUUCACACUAAGGCACUUUGGUCUAAGUCUUGCUUUUUGUAGUACCUGGAAGCUCUAUAAUUAUGAUAAUAAAUUUAUAUUAA